AUGUCUAAUAACUCAAACGCAAUCCUGUCGUUUAGCGACAAGUGGACACAAACAGAUCGUUUCAACGUAGCUUGUCUUUGUGCGUAUACAUUAUACGAACUAUGGUGGUCAAGAGGUUAUUCUGAUAAAUUAUUUAAGCAGCAUUUUCUAAAUGCAAUAUUUAUUCACUUGGACAUUCAUGACAUCAAAGAGCAAACUUUAAUUCAAAGAAUACCAUACGAGCACACGGAUUCCAACUCACACGCAAUACGGCAUCUCGUUAAUGACUUCAAAUCGUCUUCGAAUGAUAUCCGUGAACAGAUUAUCGUUGAUCUAUUACUAGUAUCUUUGGGACUAUCGCAGAAGUUGCUCAAACACGCAGAAAAUUCCAAGUCUAGAAUGCGCCAAGGAUUAAAACAAGGCAUAAAAUCCACUACGAAUACUGUUGCAAACUUUCUUAAAUCAACAGAUACACAUUCUGCAAAUCUAACUGAAUCCACCGCAACAAAUAGUUCUUCUGAUGAAUCCUCCAUACUUUCUAGUUCCUCACGCUCGGACGACUCUGCGAUAUCUACCAUCAAUCCAGCUACGUAUGAUGCUCGCUCUCGAGCAGUCUUAUUUCGUCUCGCAAGACACUUGGAACUUUCGUCGUCUUUGAUUCCAAAUCUUGAAAAGUCGAUUGCACAACAAUUAUAUUUUAUGCAGCAAGAGGCAUCAAAACCAGAAUCAAGUGUCGGAAAAGAGACUAAAGAGACUGACAUUCACAAGGAUAUGCAUGCGAGUGCUUCAGAAAAUUUAGAAAAACGGGAGAAAAAGAUGAAUAGAUUGAAAUGGUUUGCAACUGGUGCUGGAGUGGUAGUUGGAGCAACGGUUAUUGGGCUGACCGGCGGAUUGGCUGCUCCCCUGGUAGCGGCCGGAAUAGGUGCCGUAACAUCAGUCGCUGGUGUUAGCUUUGUCGCUACAGCAUCUACGGUGGCUCUGAUUACUUCACUGUUCGGAAUCGCCGGUGGUGGCUUAGGCGGCUACAAAAUGCACAAACGCAUGGGAUCACUCAAAGUUUUUGAAUUCACUCAAAUGACUCCUGACCCGUGUCUCCCUCAGAUUCCAUCUCUCACCGUGACGAUUGCAAUCACGGGAUAUUUACUCGAGUCAACAGAUGAAAUUACCAAGCCGUGGCUACCCUUUUUUUCCCGCAUGCAGCGAGACGCCUUUGCCUUGACAUUCGAGCCGGAGAUAUUACUGGAUCUUGGUGUUGCGUUCCGGAGAUUCAUUGCGCAGCAGGCCGUUAAAGUUGUUGCGUCUCAGGCAUUGCAAUAUACUGUGUUUGCGGCAUUGACCACGGCAUUGAUGUUACCGGCGGGUUUGAUGAAGGCUGGAGAUUUAAUCGAUAACCCGUGGGCGUUGGGUGUGGAUAGGGCAGGGAAGGCGGGUUUGGUGUUGGCUGAUGUAUUAUGUGAGAGGGUCCAGGGAAAGCGGCCUGUCGUUUUGGUUGGUUAUUCACUGGGUGCUUUGGUAAUAUGGAACUGUUUGUUGGAACUGUCCAGGCGACAAAUGUAUGGGCUUGUUGAUAGCGUGGUCCUAAUUGGUGCUCCAAUACCAUCAACGUCUGAACAAUGGUCUCUUGCGUGUCCAACCGUCUCUCGACGGGUAAUUAAUGCGUAUGCAACGAACGACGUAGUGCUUGCAGUAGUCUACAGAAUGCAUUCUCUCGAUUUAAAAGUUGCUGGGUUAGAGGCAGUCGCACACGACAGCGUCGAGAAUUAUGACGUUACAAAACUUACGAAAGGACACCUUGAUUAUAAAGAACCAAAUACGUUGAAAAAUAUUUUGGAGGAAGUCGGUAUUGAAUAA